UAAGCACACCCACACACCAGUAUAAACAUUUGAGUCUGUCCAAAUAAUCUACUUCUCGGCACUCUUCAUGGAUGAAAGGAGAAAAUGCACAUCCUAUCUGGCUGUUUGAAAAGAAGCUUGAGAUGUUCAUGUUAUGCUAAUUACAAAGCAUGAGGAGACCGACAUGAACAUGUGAUCCAAUGCCAAGCGUAAGCGAUUUGUUUUUGCUGCCUAAUAAAUGUUGAGACGGAGUCUUAAGGCUCCAAGUUUUGGUCUGGUGAUGUUAACUGAAAAUGCUCAACCUGAACUCGUCGUUCCGCAAAGAUGUGGAGCAGAGCCCGACCGUCUCUGUUUUCUCCUCCAAACUCGCGCCGGGUGCUGACAUAGGCGUGGGGUUUAUUAUACUCUCCGUGGUGCUCCUGUCCAUCAUUGGCAAUGGCCUGGUGCUGGUCAUCUCCUACCGGCGAAGGAAGAGGAUCGAGGGCCUGGAGCUCCUCAGCGUCAACCUUGCCGCGGUGGACUUCCUGUCCUGUGUCUGUAUGUACCCCCUGUCCAUUCUCUCGUCUUUUAACCACGCCUGGAUGGGGAACCACAUCACAUGCACGUACUACGGCCUGGGCUGCUACGUCUUUGGCCUGUGUGGCAUGUUCACCAUCGCCUCCAUCAGCGUGAUCCGCUACAUCAGGACAUGCUACAGCCUGGUCUACGCGGUCUGGCUGGACAGCUCCAACAUCCGGCUGGUGUGCUGCGGCACAUGGCUGGUCGCGGCGGCUUGGUCCUCGUUGCCGCUGUUCGGUUGGGGGGAGUACGUCCCGGAGCCGUAUGGCCUCUCCUGCACCGUGGCCUGGCGCAGCUACCACAACUCCUUCAAGGAUGCCUUCUACGUCAUCUGCUCCUUCGCGUUGUUCACCCUGGUGCCCAUCCUGCUCAUCGUGCUGUCUCAGAUACACAUCCUCUAUCGGGUGUGCCAUUUCAGCCACUCCCUGUCAGCCCGGGGAGUCCAGACCAAACUGCGCCGCACUGAGAGACGCCUCUCUCUGAUGUUCUUCUGCAUCAGCUUUGGCUUUGUGAUGGCCUGGGCUCCCUAUGCUGUGGUCUCCUUCCUCUUCAUCUUUCACAAGGGGAACUGGUACAUGGCACCCGAGGGCUUUGUGUUCCCCGCACUAUUCGCCAAAAGCUCCCAUAUCUACAACCCCUUCAUCUACUUCUACUUCAACAAGGCCUUCCGGCAGGAGCUGCGGCGUCUCCAUCACACUCUCUGCCGCCGCUUGGGGAGGAACCGUGUUCGGAUUGGCCCUGGCGUGGACCAAGGGCCAAACGCCAUUCAGAUCGAGCUGCGGGAGCAGAACAUCCAGAGGAGGAACAAUGACAGUAAGAACACAGAGGGCAACCCUCUUCACCACGACGGUGGGUUCUCCUACCUGGUGUCCAACAUCAGAGUGAACCCCUCGGCUGUGGAUCGUAGAACUAUCACUGGUGAACACUGAUUGGGUUGACGAGAAGGAGGGGCAAUUGGAAACCACUCUGGGAUUCGUUGGAAUUUGAGCCAAUUCCCAAUUAUAUUCCCAAACCCCCCCUCCCCCCCAACCCCUCAGCUAAUUCCCAAAUCCCCCCCAACCUCUCAGCUAAUUCCCACACCCCCCCCAACCUCUUGUCCUUCCAGAUGCACGUUCACCCAAAUGUUCCAGCACAAAGGGAGGAAAAAGGAUUGAGGUGAUAGGCACUUGAACUGAGCCAGCAAGGCUGCAGGCUCCAGAGCCUAAGAAUCACCCUGAAAAAAGCGGACAGUCUGUGAUAUAACCCUGUCAUCAUGCUAUCAUUGCUGAGCCAAAACUACAAAACCUGUGCCACUGUCCAAAUACUCAUCGACUGCACUGUAUUGUUAAAUGUUAGGGGGCUAGUAGUUAACCCAAACAGACCUUAAAGCUCUUCGCCUGCCAUGGUACUUCUUCUCCCAGUCUUUUAGCAGCCCUUGUAACACAGCGCUACGUAUCGGAGCAGUCAGGACAAACUGUCAUACUCAUGGACAGAACAACCAGUUUCUCAACCUGCUGCUCUAGGACUCGAUCUUCGGUCAGAUGCUCUUAUGAUGGACGUGGACGGCUCUUCCUUCCUUGAUAAAGUGGGAAAAGCAGGUGAUGUUUGCCUCUUCGACACACAAAACCUCACAUAAGAAUACUUUAGUAUGUGUCAUCAUGGGCCGUCUUGUAUGUUAAUGUUAAUGACCACCUUUUGUGAAAUAUUUUUUAAUGUUUCAGUUCUUUGUAUGUUUUAUUGAUAUUGUAAUUUUUUUAUGAUCUAUUCAUGUAAAACAUGAGUUAUUUAAUUUAUACAAUCCCGUCACUAUUGCCUAACUGUUUCCUCCGGAUGCCGUCUGAGUGGGGCGCAUCGGAGUGCGGCGUCUGUUAUGUCCAGUUGUUGCAGGAACUAGCUAGUUAGCAUGCAACGUUCGGUCUGACAGUUUGAAUGUUGGCAACGCUGCUGUAACAACCAUUGUUCUGUUUUAUGUUGUGUUUUUUCUAUGUAUUUUCUCGCAAUUAAUUUCUUUCAAUGUGUUUUUUUAUGAUUCUUUGGUAGGAGGAUGCUAUGUGAGGGUGAUGUAUUAUGGACUAUUGUUGAUGUUUACAAAUUAAGUAUUUAGCCAAAACAUCUGUUAUCUCCAUUAUUUAGUGUAUAUUUCAGUACAAUAGGUUUAUAUGAUUAUGUGCAAUUUUUCUAAACAUGUACAACAUGUUUAAUUUGGGGGAAUGGCAUAGAGAAUGGGGUUACGGCUUGAGAAAUAUAUUUUGUGGAUGGUCCUUGCAUAGGCACAUUACCCCUUUAGGCUAAAUUACCCUUUUGGGGGUUUAUCAUUUACAGUCAGAUGACUGAAAGUUGUGGUUUGUAUGUUUGUGUUUUUGAAAUGUUAUUGAAUUCUGGUUUGUGUCCUGCUGCUGUUAUGCAUUACCAAAUAUGUGACCCAGUGCACUGAUU